GGGAGCUGCGGUGCGGCUCCUGUGGGAGGCGGCGGCCGUGUGAGGGGCGAGGCCUGAGGGGCCGGCGGCGGCGGCGGCGGCGGCCGCGGCGGCGGCUGCGGGAACUUCCCGGACGGUGUAAAAAGUGGAUAGUGGCUCACAUGUCAAAGGAUGGCACGGUCACGCUCUAGAUCCCCCAGGUGGAGGCACAGGUCUUUAUCACCAGUACCUAGAAAUUCUGAACACUACAAGCAAAGACCUGAGCAUUAUGGCUAUGAAUAUAGGAAGGAUCCAAAAAGACCCGUCACUUGGAGAAUGGACAAUGAGAAACAUGGACAGAGUAAACCAAGGAUUCCUUCUCGUGAAACUAUACAUUACCGAUCUUAUGAACAUAGAUCAUCUUCCCCAAACAUAAGAAGAAACUCUUUAGAAAAUUUUUAUACUUAUAAGCCUCCCCAAGUAUAUUUACCAGGAAGAGGGGAUGAUAGUAACAGAAGAUCUCAGUAUAUGCCCAAAUACUCAGAAGGUGCACUCUACAAGGAGAACCAGAGGAAUUGUUAUCCCCAGAAAGUGCAAGGAAGGUAUUUUCCUGAUGACCACAGAGUUAGAGGAAGUGGAAAAGGAGGGAAACCACCUCUGAGGUCAAUAGCAGAUUCUUUUAGAUUCGAAGGACAGUGGCAUGAAGAUGAAUUGAGGCACCAGAGGAUACAAGACGAAAAAUAUUCUCAGUCACUUAGAAGAGGCUCUGAAGAUUUUGAGAAAAGGAGCUCUUUUCAGACGAGGUAUCCUGAGGAUCGUGAUUUCAGAAAAUAUGGACACACAUCAAAAAGACCUCAAGACGUGGAGAGGUAUGAAAACAGAGAGCCUGCCAGGAGCCCACAGUGGAAGUCCAGGCAUUUUCUCCCUUCUUACCAAGAGAAGAAAGAUCAGUGGAACCUCGGACCCCAAACUCUUCGAUACGCUCCGAGGGAAUUACCAGAGACCAGUUCAGCAGCCAAGGCAUCCUGUGACUAUCGCCACAAACAUCGUAAGACCUCAGAUGGGGACCAGGACUUUUAUGAUGGAAGAACUCAGAAGUACUCUAAGGAGGAAGAUAGAAAAUUCGGUUCUCAAAAAGGCCCUGUAAAUAGAGAGUCCGAUUGCUUUAAUGCUGGAAGAGGGAGAGAGACUGAAGGUGGGCAAGUCAAAGAGCCUUUUAAGCCAUCUAAGAAAGACUGCACUGCCUGCACUCAUUCAAAUAAAAGCGACGUUGGUUUGAGACCCUGUAAUGACAAACGGAAGGACAAAAUAAAGAAAGAAGGGGCUGGCAGAAAAGAGAGCAACUCUUCCCAUAACCGACUUGAUAAGAGUAAAAAACUUUCUGACUCGAAACCUUCAUCUGCCAUUCUUAGGAAGAAAUCACUCACAGUUAAAGUAGAUGUGAAGAAAACAUCCAGGGUUGCUUCUAGCUAUUCCACAGAGAGACAGAUGUCACAUGAUUUGGUUGCUGUUGGCAGGAAAAGUGAAAACUUUCAUCCAGUGUUUGAACAUCUUGACUCAACUCAGAAUACUGAAAACAAACCUACAGGAGAAUUUGCUCAGGAAAUCAUAACUAUAAUCCAUCAAGUUAAAGCAGAUUAUUUUCCAUCACUUGGAAUUACUCUACAUGAGCGUUUCUCAAAAAUGCAAGUUACACAAGCUGCAGAUGUAAAUGAAUUUAAAUUGAACUCAGAUCCAGAAAUUCACAGGAGAAUAGAUAUGUCUUUGGCCGAGCUUCAGAGUAAACAAACUAUGGUAUAUGAUUCAGAACAGACUCUGGUCAAAAUAAUAGAUCCAAAUGACCUACGACAUGACAUUGAAAGAAGGAGAAAAGAACGGUUACAGAAUGAAGAUGAGCACAUUUUUCACAUAGCUAGUGCUGCAGAGAGGAGCGAUCAGCAUUCCAGUUUUUCAAGGUUGAAGAAUACCCAUGUUGAUGGAUUCCAAAAACCUACAUGUUUGGUAAAAUCAAAUUUUAGAAAAUUUAUUCAGAAACCUUACUUGAAUUAUCAUACUAUGCAGAGAAAAGACGUCAUUACUCACAAACCAUUUGGAAUUGAGGGAAACCAUCAAAAUACAAGAGGCUUUAGAAGAACUUUUAAGACCAACCUUAGAGGUGGCACAUUUCAGCCCCAGUAUAAAUCAGGCCUAGUACAGAAGAGCUUGUGCAUUCAGGCUAAAUAUCAGCGUUUACGGUUUGCUGGUCCAAGCGGAUUUAUCACUAAUAAAUUCAGAGAACGAUUACUGAGGAAAAAAAAGGUGCUGCUUCUCUUCCUGUCUCAUGUGGCAAGUUUCUUUGCAGCAGAUCUUCUAGGCAUUCAUCCCCAGUCACAGGUGGCAGCCCGGCUGUUCUCAAGGAAGCUGGUCAUUGAUCCCCACUUGAGGAGGAAGGGUGAGGCAAGCCUUUUCCUCAAUUGCGAGGUUGGGUUUCAGGAAUAUACAAACAUUGCCCCAGCAAUCUAAUCUGGAAUUGUUACAAAUGGAAAUGACACUACAGGAUGAUAUUUGGGAGCAUCUUUUUGUCAAGAGUUAGAAUUGGCACUAAAGCACUAAUACUGUAACUAUCUUGAUAAAAUAACUUUAUUUUUCCGUAGUGGAAUGCUGCAACUUUUUUACACUUAACAAUUGCUUUUAAAUUACAGUAUUCAAUUUAAAAGUUGUAUUAACUACAGCUUCUUUUGCAAAAAGUCUCAAAAGGGCAUUAUUUGUUGAUGCAUUUUUCUCUGAGCAUGGUUUCAUAGAGAACUGAGUUAUAUCCAGACGUUUCUAUGUUGAAAGUUUUGCUUAUGUAAUAAAAACAAAAACAAAAGUACCUGAAUUGUAUAGUGUCUGUACAUGAAAGAACUUUAAACAGUGGCCUUACGUAGCAAUUUUUAUACCAGAUUUUUCUUUUUCUGAUGACAUUUUGGCUUACAACUUGAAGUUUUCUUAAGCUUCUGAAGAUCAAGGUCUAUAUAAUUCAUACAUUUCAUAUUAUGACAUAAGAAGACGUAGGAAAAGGUGCUUCAAAUUUUCCAUCAGGUAGUUAUGAGUGCACUGAAUUUUUAGUAAUUGGUUUAUUCAGUUUUUUUCCACAACUAUUUGCUCUUUUCCAACUUCAAAAUGCUAUUGUGGAAAAUACAUAAAGAUUUUAUAAUCUGUAUUCCAUCUUACUUUCCCUCAGGGUAAGCUCAUGCAUAUCAUAUUUUUAAAGGCUUUUAAAAAAAACUGACAGACAAAAUCUCAUAUUCAGAAAUUGUACUUUACUACUACAGCAUUACACAUUUUGCAAGCACAUAUUAUAAAGUGUUUAUUUUCAGUUCAGUUGUAUUGAGUACCUACUAUGUGUAAGAUAACAUUGGUAGGGUUUUAAAUGAUAUUUUAGGUCUCAAUACCUUAUUUCUUUAUGUUUUCUGUGUUCUGCUUAAUAGUACAUAUACAUUCCCAAUUAAACUUUUGUGAAAUGUUUAAUUGUAAUUAAAUAAAAUACUGU